GAUAAUCUGUUGAUAUGGACUCUGUAAGUAUUUCAUGGACAGCAGAAGAAGAAGACAAAAAGGAAGGGAAUCCUUCCAAUCUAUAUAUAUAUAUAGACAUGUCCCUUAGGCCAGUAUUGAUUUGUCUUCCUCUUCCUCAAACCAUGAGCUCAAUAAUGGAGAGUGACGAGCAGAAGGGUUCUUCUCUUCACUCUCCACUGAUCCAACAUCAAGAAGACGAUGAUGCCCUGAGAGCAUUGGGGUCAAAUGGCAAGGCAGAGACAGGGAAGGGUGUCUGCUGUUUAUUAGUUGGGAGAGGGGAAGUGUUCGAGGAGAUUAAGAAGCAACUAUGGCUCGCCGGUCCUCUGAUAUCCGUCAGCCUCUUGCUGUACUGCCUGCAGAUGAUCUCGGUCAUGUUCGUCGGCCAUCUCGGGGAGUUGCCCCUCUCCGGCGCUUCUAUGGCCACUUCCUUCGCAUCCGUCACUGGCUUUAGCUUACUGACUGGGAUGGCGAGUGCAUUGGACACUUUCUGUGGCCAGUCGUACGGGGCAAAGCAGUACCACAUGCUCGGGGUCCACACGCAACGUGCCAUGGCCAUCCUACUGCUUGUCAGUGUGCCCCUCGCAGUGAUCUGGGCAAACACGGAGCCCAUCCUAGUCGCUGUCGGCCAGGAAACCGAGAUAGCACAAGUAGCCGGAACUUAUGCCAGGUUCAUGAUCCCGAGUCUCUUCGCCUAUGGCCUCCUCCAGUGCCUUGUGAAGUUCUUGCAGACGCAGAGCAUCGUCUUCCCAAUGAUGAUAAGCUCGGGAGUUGUCACUCUUCUCCAUAUCUUGAUCUGCUGGGCUCUGGUUUUCAAGUCGGGUCUCGGGUUUAGAGGAGCUGCCGUUGCAAACUCUAUCUCUUAUUGGUUGAAUGUGCUAUUGAUGGCGAUUUAUGUGAAGUUCUCUCCUUCUUGCUCGAAGACUUGGACCGGGUUCUCUAAGGAAGCCCUGCACAAUGUUCUUACUUUCAUCAGACUGGCCAUCCCUUCAGCGGUUAUGGUGUGCUUAGAGAUGUGGUCAUUUGAAAUGAUGGUUCUGCUCUCAGGCCUCCUCCCUAAUCCGACUUUGGAGACUUCGGUGCUCUCCAUCAGUCUCAACACUGCUGCAACAGUUUGGAUGAUACCAUUUGGCCUAAGCGGUGCAGUGAGCACCCGGGUCUCAAACGAGCUUGGGGAGGGGAAACCUCAAGCUGCUAUUUUGGCAGUUCGUGUAGUCCUAGGGAUGGCUGUUACAGAGGGCAUUUUGCUCGGAACCAUCCUAAUAUUGAUACGGAACGUAUGGGGCUAUGCUUACAGCAGUGAAGAAGAGGUAGUGAAAUACGUUGCUGUCAUGAUGCCAAUUCUCGCAGUCUCGAACUUCCUAGAUGGACUCCAAUGCGUCCUAUCAGGUACUGCUAGAGGAUGCGGGUGGCAAAAGAUUGGAGCUUAUGUGAAUCUCGGAUCAUAUUAUAUAGUUGGGAUUCCAUCUGCAGUUCUACUGGCGUUCGUGUUACAUGUCGGUGGUAAGGGACUGUGGCUUGGGAUCAUAUGCGCCCUCAUCGUGCAAGUGCUCUCACUUCUUCUCAUCACCAUUCGUACCAACUGGGAUCAACAAGCAGAGAAGGCUAUUGAGAGAGUAUAUGAGUCCGUCGUCCCGGUGGAGGGAGUGGCAUGAAGCAAGCAAAUGAACCUGCAAAACUUGAAUGAUAGAAUGACGAAUAGGCUCGUGUAUUUCUCAUUUUUAGAGCCGAUAAGAUCCAUCUGACCCCUGUUUUGCUUCCAGCAAGUUCAUGCUAAUCGACUGGUAGUGGCUCUGAACAAUUCGAUUCGGGCCGAUCCAUUAGGAUUGAUUUCAAGUAUGUUUCCUAGAUUCUCUUAAAUGCAGGAUAUAAACAUCAAUGCUAUCUUCUGCCUCUUCUUCACCAGCAUUCACGCAAUCACUUCGUCCAUACUUUUU